AUGGGCCUCUUCAAACGCAAAGACUCCAAGAACUCCAUCCAGAGUGACCGCGAUGAACAGGACUCCUUCGCCUCCGCCAACAGUGCUCGCACCUCCUCGGCUUCCCUGAGAUCCCCCGGCUACAAGGGCAGUGGCCUGCCGGCCUCGAUCCCCGAAAUCUCCAUCGCAAAACCUCCUGAUCCCGCCUUGGACCCCGCCGCCUACCUGCGCAGUAUCCAUGCCAUUCGCGAAAGGACGAGCAUCGUUUACGACAAGGCCAAACGCAACGAGCUCAAUCAUUUCGACGUUGACAUGACCAAAUUCCCCACCACGGCCUCCUAUAUCGUGUCCAUGAUCAAGCGAGACUAUGCUCCCGACUACGAGUCCAUCCCGCCGCACGGUCGCUGGCAACACUUCGAUGUCGGCGGUCGUCCCCGCGUCAACCAACUCCUGCAAUCCUGGCCCAGCACCAUCGACGCGCAAGAACGCACCCGCCGAUUGAUCGAUCUCUUCGUCAUCUCCGUCCUCCUCGACGCCGGCGCCGGCACCACCUGGUCGUACAAGUCCAAGGAGUCUGGGAAGAUCUACUCCCGUAGCGAAGGCCUGGCUGUCGCCACACUCGAAAUGUUCAAGACCGGUCUGUUCAGCAGCGACCCCACCGAGCCGUGUCAAGUGGACGGCGCUGGACUCAAGAAGGUCACGGUCGAAGUGCUGGCCAAGGGCAUGCAGCAUUCGGAAACCAACCAGUUGGCGGGUAUUGAGGGUCGUGCGGGGCUGCUCAUGCGUCUGUCCGAGGCCCUGAACAAUCAGGAGUUCUUUGGUGUGGAUGCCCGCCCGGGGAAUUUGCUAGACUACCUCCUGUCGCAUCCCUCCACCCUCGCGUCCUCCGUCCCUAUCGUCCCCAUCACUACGCUCUGGACCGUCCUUAUGGACGGCCUGUCCUCGAUCUGGCCCCCCUCCCGCACGCAAAUCGACGGCCUCUCCAUUGGUGACGCCUGGCCCUGCUCCGACAUGCCGCAAUCGCCGCCCGCGCAGCCAUGGGAGUCCAUCGUGCCGUUCCACAAGCUCACCCAGUGGCUCUGCUACUCGAUCAUGGUUCCCAUGUCGCGACUGAUGAAGAUCCACUUUGCCGGAAGCGAACUGCUGACCGGUCUCCCCGAGUAUCGCAACGGCGGUCUCCUCAUCGACAUGGGACUGCUGACACUCAAGGACGAUGAUCUGCAGCGGGGCCUCGCCGCGUACAAGGAGAAUGCGCAGAUCAAGGGCCAGCCGAGUGUGGAGGUGGUGCCUCUGUUCUCGGCCGACGACGAUGUCAUUGUCGAAUGGCGCGCCGUCACCGUGGGCUUCCUGGACGACCUGCUGGACGAGGUCAACUCGCAGCUGGGGCUGCGGGGCGAAGAGGAGCUAACACUCGCGCAAAUGCUAGAAGCGGGCUCCUGGAAGGUAUUCUACCGUCAUGUGCAAGAUCUUCGACUGUCUCACUAA